CUUUAACUUGCGACGAGAUUCCUUUGUAUCUUUCAUCGUUAUUUUGAGUCGUAGCUGUUCUCAAAGCAAUUUGUCAAAUGAAAAGUUUAGCAGUUGUCUUAAUUUUGACUGCAAUAUUAAUCACCGAGUCUGCAGAUGUUCAGACAGAGAGCACAAUAGGUCAAUCACAUAAUGCAACAGGUGAUCUUCAGACACAGAAGCCAUUGCUUCUAAAAAGUAUUGAUGAUAAAAAGGAGUUUCCCAAAGAAACUCAAAUGGCACAGUGUACAGUUCAAUCAGCAGAUGGUUUAAAGGUUCAAGCCCAAGCAACAUUUUCGAAAAAGCUUGAUGGGAUUUGCUCGACAGAUGACAUGAAAGCUUUAAAGGAGAGUCUCGUAGCAAUGGAAUCACGACUAUAUCGAGAUAUUUAUGAUCUACGACUUUUGAUACAGAAACUUUUACCUCAAAGCCAAAAUUCAUAUGACAAUAAUUACUAUCGAUAUGAUGGAUAUUAUCAACAACCAAACUAUUAUGACUACUCAAAAUAUCCACAACAGGAUGUCUACUAUAAACCCACAGCAGCUUCACUAACCCAUCAAGGUUAUCAGGGACAAAAUCAGCAAGAAAGGCAGCGUGAAACUCAACAGAAUCGAAAUCUUCAGCUCGAAAGUACAACAGCAUCAUUUAUUCCUGCAACUUUACCGCAAACCACUCCAGCAGUUCUCACAACAACACAUUUAAGAAGAGUUCCAGAAGUAAUUAAUGCAAAUAAAUUAAAGUCUUUAGACACAAGUCGCAAUAGACAAAAUAAAGUUUUGACAACCUCGACUACCCCUAAAAUUACAGCAACAAUGAAAACAACUUCAACAACAACUGAACCAACAAAAAUCAUCCCCGUAAAUGAAUAUACUUACUAUUGGAAGCUCGACAAUUUUCCAAGAUCCUUUCAAAAUGCUAAAAAGAACGAAAUUUUCAGUCACAUUUUCAAUGUUAAAGGACUUUAUAUCAGAAUGAGAGCUGAGUUGAAUUUAGGACACGAUGAAAUGUUGUUAUUGGAUAUUGAGCAUCUCGCAGAGAAUACAGAAAAUAAUUUGGAAGUAGAGAUGUCGGAUGGAUUAAUUUUUAAGGAAAUAGCAGAAGAGAAACUUUUCCAAUACAGCUUUGUUGUUAUAGAUCAGAAUAAUUCCAACAAUGAGCACGUUUCACCGACUUAUUGGAAUGAUGAUUCUGAUAAUUAUUACAAGAUUCCAAAUAGUGUGCAUUUGUUAAAGAGUUUCUUGAAGGAUAAUUCGCUUCUGAUUAAGUUGAUCAUUACUUUUUAAAAUUUGAUUACUGUCAAACUGAGUCGAGUGACCAUUUUAUAUCAAGACAAAGGAUUAUAUAGGCUAGGCCUAGAGAAUUCAGAAUUAAAGCAUGGCUAAGCAGAUGGAAUAGAAUUGAAGUUAAUAAACAGUAAGAAUUGAAAUCAAUCAGUGGAUAUAAAUUAAAAAAUUAUAUUGAAGCUCUUUGAUUUUUAAAAUAGCAUUUUGUG